AUGUCAGUACAUAGAGAAGAAAUCAACUUAUCGCAGUUACCUCAUGAAUUUAACGAACCGGUCCAACUCGCUAUCAUCGGUGGUACCGGAUUAUACGACUUGCCAAACUUGAAGCCGGUAGCAAGAUUGACAAUUUCUACACCAUGGGGAUAUCCUUCGUCGCCAAUUACCAUUUCUGUGACUGAAAGUGGGUUUCCAGUUGCGUUUUUAGCUAGACAUGGACAGAAGCACGAUUUAUUGCCUACUGACGUGCCAUCCAGAGCUAACAUGGCUGCUUUGAAGAAGAUUGGAGUCAAGGCUAUCGUUGCUUUCUCUGCUGUUGGAUCUUUGCAACCAGAAAUUAAGCCAAGAGAUUUUGUUAUUCCUACGCAGGUGAUCGACAGAACCAAGGGGAUCAGACCAUCGACAUUUUUCGAGAAGGGGUUCGUGGCCCACGCUAUGUUUGGGGAACCAUUUGAUCUCAAGUUGAAUAAGCUCAUCACUGACAGCUUUGAAACUAAUGGUUUCUUGGACCAACAUGACGGUAAGGACAUCCCAACCUUCCACAGUAAGGCCAAAACCAACAAGGGUGAAGAUUUGACAUUGAUCUGUAUGGAAGGUCCACAAUUCAGUACUAGAGCUGAAUCGAAGUUGUACAGAUCGUGGGGUGGCUCUGUCAUCAACAUGUCUUGUUUGCCAGAGGCAAAGUUGGCAAGAGAGGCCGAAAUUGCCUACCAAAUGAUUUGUAUGUCCACUGAUUACGAUUCAUGGAAUGAAGACGAAGAACCUGUCACUGUGGAGACAGUAGUGGGUAACUUGAAGGCCAACUCGGCUAAUGCGUGCAAAAUGGCCACCAAAUUGGUUGAUGUUAUCGCCAAGGAGUUUACAGAGGGCUCCUUGGGACUUGGUGACGACCUCCAGGGAUCAAUGAAGUAUUCAGUCAGUACUAGUCCUCAAGGUGUCAAGAAGGAAGUUUUAGAAAAGAUGCAUUUCUUGUUCCCUGGUUACUGGCCCGUACACUAA